AUGUCCAUCCACCGCUCCACCGUCUGGGUCGAGAUCCCCAACAUCACCAUCGCCGAGUUGAUGCAAGACAACGUUGAAAACACACCACCCGACAAGAUCAUCUACGAAGAAUCCCACACCGGCAAAACAGCCACAUACGGCGUCUUCCACCGGCGCAUCCGCCAAACAGCCUACAACUUGGCGAAAAUCGGGUUCCAACCGGGCCAGAUACUCUCUAUCUCCGCGGGAAGCAGUAUUGAGUAUAUACUCGUCGCGCAGGCUGUGUGGUAUGUAGGUGGUGUGGUUAGUUUGAUCAAUAAUAGUCUCCAUCCAGAUGAGUUCAGACAUGCGGUUGAUCUGGUGAAGCCUGAUUAUCUUGUUGUUGAUGAGAGUCUGUAUACCAAGUUGCCGGGUGUGUUGGAAAGGUCGACGCACUGCAAGGCACAGUCUAUACAGAUCUUCUCGAUCGGAAAGAUUUCACCUUCCUACCCACCAUUUCCAAUCAACACCUCCCCAUCCCUGAACGAACCCGAACUCGCCCAUCCCAUGCCCCCAGGAGAUCCAUCCAAAACAUGCGCCGCAAUCCUCCUCUCCAGCGGCACAACCGGGCGCUCCAAAGCCGUCAUGCUCUCGCACACCAACCUCGUGGCCGCAUGUUACCAGCUGCGCACACAUAAUCCGUCAAACUGGAACAUCCACAAUCGAGAGAUCUUCUUCCCGCCUCUAUCCCACGUCUACGCACUAUACGUGUGUUUCACCAUGUGUGCCUGGCUGGGCAUGUAUGUGUGUCUCAUGCCGCGGUUCGAGCUGGAAACGUACUGUCGGCUUAUGAGUGAGAGAAAGGCCUCGAUAGCCAGGAUCGUCCCGCCGAUUGCGAAGAUGUUGGCCGAGAGGAAGGAGGUGAGGAAGUUUGAGUAUCCGUGUCUGGAGUAUUUUAGUUGUUCGGCUGCGCCGUUGCAUGAAGAUACAGCUGCGAAGCUGAGAGAGGCGUUUCCGGGUGCGGUUCUCGCUCAGACGUAUGGAUGCACCGAGUUAUCCGGCCCAUGCAUCCAAAGCGGUGCCCGAGAUAAAGAUAUCCUCACUUCAUCAACUGCAGCCGGAACACUCAUCGCCAAUAGCGAAAUCCGCUUUCUCGAUACAGAUGGGAAGGAUGUUGGCGCGAAGGGACCGGGCGAAAUUACCUGUCGGGGUCCGAAUGUCAUGAUGGGCUACAAAGACAACGCCGAAGAAACAGCAAAGGCGAUCCAGAAUGGAUGGCUGCGGACCGGUGACUUGGGCUUUAUUGAUCAGAAUGACUGUUUGCAUAUUUACGACCGCAUCAAGGAUUUGAUCAAGUACAAGGGCUUCCAAUUGGCCCCGUCUGAGCUAGAAAACAUCCUCAUCCUGCACCCUCUCGUGCAAGAAGCAGCUGUGAUCGGCAUCUGGAGUGAGAAUGAAGCAACUGAAGUUCCGCGUGCUUUUGUUGUUCUUAAAUCGAAAACAGCAGAUGUGUGUGAGAUUGCUGCAUUCGUGGCGAGUCGGGUAUCCAACUAUAAAGCGCUCCGAGGGGGAGUGGUGGUGGUAGAUGCGUUGCCGAAGAAUCCGACUGGAAAGGUGUUGAAGAAGCAGUUACGAGUGGCAGAGAGGGAGAAUAAGCUGUAA